CCCAGAUAGUCAGCAGGACUGCAAGACUUAUUUUUGAACUCCCUGUCUCUUGACUUCUCAGCCCUGUUUCCCUUAGUAUACCACCUGAAGGCAUGAUAUCUGCCGAUACAUUCAACAUCUAUUCCAGAGCAGUGGAAAGGAAACCAUUGCCGGAUGACCCUACCACUCGAUCGGAUGUCGAGCACGUUCUGGAACAUGGAUACGUCGUGAUUCCUGACUGUUUCACAAAAGCAGAGGCUGAAGAAGCUCGCGGUGAGAUCGCUCGCUUGCUGGGAAAAGACCCUUUGGGAGGCCGAAAUAGCUUCGAAGGACUAAGCACGAACCGAAUAUACUCGCUUCUCAAUAAAAGUCGGGUUUUCGACAAGUUUGUCAUUUUGCCUCGAGUACUGGCAUUGAAUGAUUACUUUCUCGACCCAGGAUACCUGCUAUCAGCUUUUCAUACCAUCUCCAUCAACCCGGGAGAAAAGGCCCAGCCAUUGCAUCACGACGAUGGGUAUAUACAGUUUCCGCGACCCAGACUACCGUUCGGAGCAGCUAUCAUGGUAGCUUUGGAUGAGUAUACAGCGACUAACGGUGCCACGCGAAUCAUUCCCGGAUCACAUAAAUGGGGCAGUUCACGUCGCGGCAAACCAGAAGAGACCAUCGCCGCCUUAUGCCCUGAAGGGGGAGUUGUAUACUUUAUUAGUACCUUGUGGCACGGGGGAGGUGCCAAUGUAUCGGAUCGUCCUCGACAGAGUGCGACGGUGCAGUACUGUAAUCCUUAUAUCCGGCCAAUCGAGAACCAAAUUCUGGCAGUCGAUCCUCGAAAGCUUGACAGGAUUCAUCCGCGGAUCGUGGACAUGAUGCAAUACAAACACAUGGAGCCCUUCAUGGGAUACGCUGAUGGCAUGGGCCCGCGUCGAGCUGCCAGGAGGUUGGUGAGAUGGCUACAAAGUGAGAUCGAUGAGUCUCCUCCCACCUUCGCACACGAGGCUCGAGACACCAAAUUAUAGGAGCAGACAAUGUGCGGUCGAUUGGUUUGCCACUAUGGUUGGAGCUCGUAAGGCUGACGUCGCGUGAUAACCUUGGAAGGA